AUGGAAUCGGUGAUUUACGUCUAUUCAUCAAGAAAAAAAGAAGAGACAUUCAGUGCGAUAAGCAGCUAUGUGAAAUAUAUUGAGCGAAUUAUUGUUCGAGGAGGUUUCGCCUCGAAUGUUGAACAUAUCGGAUCGACCUGCACGAUCGAGCGAAAAGUUAGAACAACCGUUGGCCAAUUGAGAAGGGUCCUAGAUUAUGCCGAUCCAGGAUCGGAACAGUAUCGAACGAGUGUCGUUCAGCAUUCACUCCGAAUGCCCUACCGCACGAAAUUGCCUGAUCCGAUUCAAUUCAUUGAAGGAAUGGUGAUGGACGGUAGACAAUUGAAUAUUGCUGGCGAAUUUCGAGAAGUGAACGUGUCGAACGCCCAAAUAGUUAGUAUCAAUAAUCCCAAUGAAUUGUCACUUUUUGUUUCCGAAUCGGUCAAUGAGCGAACUGAUCAAAAAGGGGAUCCUCCGGCGGUUUCGGACAUUCAAUUGCCGGAUGACGAGGAAGAUUUUGUCGCGAACGCGACGAGACCUACUCACGAUAUCGGGCAGAAUAAGACGAUGAUGAAUUCUUGGAUGACGCGGGAUCAUUUGAUAGUGAUACAGGCGAUCGCGAUGUUUUCGCCGAUGUUGAUGCUGGCGGGAAUGGUGGUCCUUUUGAGCAGUCCGUUCUAG